AUGACGAGCAUGUCGCCAGCAAGUGCCGUCGACGGCGGCUCUGCGGCCACCUCGAACCAAGGCAGCGUCUCGCCGCGGCAGACGGUGUCGCCAAAGAACGUCGCAUUUGAACUCCUCUUUACCGAGUCGCCGCAGUAUCGUGCGCGGCUCCCUAUGCGAGUCCAGAUAUACCCUCACGACACCACCGACUCCAUUGUCACCACUGUCAAGAAUUUCUAUGGUCUCUACUCGGGCCCAACCGGCUCCAAGGGUGUCAGUUUUGAGGAUGAGAAUGGCAUCACCCUCAUCGCCAGAUACGAGAACUUCCGCAACAACAUGGUUGUCUACGUCAGAGUCAUUGAGGAGCCCCCUUCUGCCUCCGGCCCCUUUGUGGCGCCCGCAUAUCACAACCCUCCUCUGAGCGCCCAGCCCUAUUACGAAGGCAAUGCCUACCCCCUCCAACCUCCCCCUCGCUUCGGCCAAGAAAUCUCCAGACCUUCAUCGAGUACAUCUCGCCGGCGGAGCCCGUCCCCCAAUGUUGGCCGCGGCCGGAGAAGCGGGUCCGCCAACACAAACCCCAAGAAGGGCCGGUCCCGCUCUUCCAAGAACCGGGACACCGCUGCCAAUGGCCACGCCGAUAUCUACAGCGACAGCCUCAACGGCUACAGCAGUGGCGACGGCGCUCCCGGCUCCAGCUCCAGCAGGAUGAAGGAGCAGAUUGGCAACACCGAGAUUAGCCUUGAAAACAUUGUAGAGGGAGGUCGCCGCAAGCGAGCGAAAUUCGAGAGUUCGGAACUCCCCUUGUUUGCGCCUCCGCAGAUGCCGGCUGCCACGUCGAACCCUUCCGUGUCUCCCGCCCGCCGCGCCGAGCCCCAGCGAGCCUCGCUGCCGUUCGUGCACCCUGGCCAGAACCCCUUCACGAACCCUCUACCUCUGCAGUCCCCUCAGAGUCAUAGCAAUGGAUAUGGACAUGGUGGACACUACGCGACACCGUCCUCUGAGCGCCACGGGCGCAACAGUAUCGGUUACGCCGGGCAAGGCGGCAACUUUGGCAGCAUGAGUGGCAUCCUUCCCACACCGGACCCCACCGUUGGCAGCUGCAUGUCCGAGGAGGAUAAGGAUGUGGCUAUCCAGCUUAUGCGUCUGGGUGAAAUGUCCAACAUCUCCCACGGUCGCACUUCGGCCUCGACGCUGGACGACACGUUCAGCGGCCGCGCCGACGCCGCAUCCUCCACCGGUGCCACCAGUGACGGCGAGAGUGAGAGCGAUGAGGAGGAGUCGGCCGCUCGGCGCCAAAAGCUGGGUGCUGCUGGCGCCAUGCGCAAGAUCUAUCAGACUACCGAGAGCCACUUCAUUCCUCAGCCCAGCAUCGAGGCCAACGCCGACGACGUCGAAGCUGAGAAAGGCAGCGACCAUGUCGACCAUGCCAUCAAUGGCGAGCGCAAGUCCGAGGCGCUCAAGAACAAGACCAAUCUUCCCGACGCCAGGCCCAAGGCGCAACUCCCCGGCUCCAAGCCCAAAGCUUCCAAGGUCAGCAAGGUCCCUCGGCCGACCGUCCCCAAGCUCAAGAAGGCCUCGGCCUCGGCUCCCGCCCCCGCCCCUACCAGCAACGGACCCAUGUCACCAGCUUCUCUGCCUCCGUCGCGCAAGCCCUCGGUUUCCUCGGCUGCGGCUGCCCCGGGCGCCAACGGCGAAGACGAUCAGCUCGACCUGUCUGCCAAGCCUCGGUGCCAGCGGUGCCGCAAGAGUAAGAAGGGCUGUGACAGGCAGCGACCUUGUGGACGAUGCCGCGACGCUGGGCUCUCCGCCGAUCAGUGCAUCAGCGAAGACGAGGGCAACGGCCGCAAGGGCAGAUACGGCCGCCACAUGGGAGUCCCCAUCAAGAAGGAGGAUAUUGUCAACUCCACGCAGCCCAUUCUUCUGCCGGCUGCGCCGAUUGCCACGACGGCGGCAACGACCGAUAAGAACAAGAAACGGAAGCGGUAG